CCUUCACCUCCUCUUAAUUCCAAAAAAUACCCUUCUCUCUUUCACUUAUAUACCAAAGAUCUCCUUCGUUUCCCCUCAUCAAAGUCUGAGAGGAAUAAAGAAAACGGAAGUUGAAAUGCAAGACGUCACCAAAUGGGAAGGCUACGCCGAUUGGAGGAACAGAGCCGCCGUGAAAGGUCGUCAUGGCGGCAUGCUCGCCGCCUCCUUCGUCUUGGCGGUGGAGAUAUUGGAGAAUCUAGCGUUUUUAGCAAACGCGAGCAACUUGGUCAAAUAUCUAACGGACUUCAUGCACUUUCCGGUGUCGAGAGCGGCCAGUGAAGUGACUGCUUUCAUGGGAACAGCCUUCCUCCUCGCUCUCCUCGGUGGCUUCCUCUCCGACGCCUUCUUCUCCACUUACAUCAUCUUCCUCAUCUCCGCUUUCAUCGAGUUUCUGGGACUAAUACUGCUCACAGUCCAAGCUUGUCGUCCGUCCUUAAUGCCACCUCCGUGCAAGAGCUCUCCCACGUCGCCAUGCGAAGCCGUCGAUGGUUCGAAGGCGGCGAUUCUGUUCGUGGGACUGUAUCUAGCGGCUCUAGGAAUCGGAGGGAUAAAAGGGUCAUUGCCGUCACACGGGGCAGAGCAAUUCGACGAGAGCAGCCCCAAAGGUCGAAAACAGAGAUCCACAUUCUUCAACUACUUUGUGUUCUGUCUCUCAAGUGGAGCACUCGUGGCCGUGACGUUCGUUGUGUGGCUCGAGGACAAUGUAGGCUGGGAAUGGGGAUUUGGUGUCUCCACCAUUUCCAUCUUCCUCUCCAUUCUCGUCUUUCUCUCUGGUUCGAGUUUUUAUAAGAACAAGAUCCCUCGUGGAAGUCCUCUCACCACAAUCUUGAAGGUUCUUCUUGCAGCUUCCAUAAUGGGUUGCUCGAGUAAAUCUUCGAGCAAUGCUGUUGUGAGCUCUUCUGUGAGCUCAUCAAGUCACGUGGUUAGAGAAGACCAAACAGAAGAAGGAGAAAAGAGGAAUUCUCAGCCACUAACCAAUAGCUUGAGAUGUCUAAACAGAGCGGUAGAGGGCAAACCGGUCCAUAGAUUGCUUGAAUGCUCGGUUCAACAAGUCGAAGACGUGAAGAUUGUGCUCAAAAUGCUUCCGAUAUUCGGAUGCACCAUAAUGCUCAACUGCUGCUUAGCUCAGCUCUCUACUUUCUCUAUCCACCAAGCUGCGUCGAUGAACAGAAAGAUCGGAAACCUAGAGGUUCCUGCAGCUUCUUUGCCGAUUUUUCCAGUCGUGUUCAUGAUGAUUCUUGCACCAAUGUACGACCACCUGAUUAUCCCUUUCGCAAGAAGAGUUACCAAAACCGAGAUGGGUAUCAGUCAUUUGCAAAGAAUCGGUGUUGGCUUGGUCCUUUCGAUAGUGUCAAUGGCAGUGGCCGCUCUAGUCGAGUUAAAACGAGAGCGAGUAGCCACAGAAGCUGGAUUCCCUGACCCAAAACAAACCUUACCCAUCACUUUCCUAUGGAUCUCGCUGCAGUAUCUGUUUCUAGGAUCAGCUGAUCUGUUCACACUAGCCGGUUUGCUAGAGUUUUUCUUCACAGAAGCACCUCCUUCUAUGAGAUCAUUGGCGACAUCGCUCUCAUGGGCUUCUUUGGCAAUGGGGUAUUAUCUAAGCUCGGCGAUGGUGGUGAUUGUGAACAGUGUGACUGGAAGUGGAGGAAGAACCCCUUGGCUCGGUGAAAACCUUAGCAUUAACCGUUACAGAUUAGACUUGUUCUACUGGCUCAUUUGUGUUCUGAGUGUUGUUAACUUCUUGCACUAUCUCUUCUGGGCAAUGCGUUACAAGUACAGAUCAACCGGUGCUAGAAGCUGAUCUAAUGUACACUAUGGAAAUGGG